AAAUCUUCAGUUUGUGUAAAACCGUGAGCGAGAGUAGAGUCGAUUCCGCAGUCGCCGGCCGCCGUUGUCUUUCGAGCAAAAUUCACAGUAUUUACAGGCUUGCUCUCCUGAACCCUCUGGACUUUGCCGUUCUGCCGGAAGUGUUGUUCGAUCCGCCGCGCCCUUUUUCUUCCUUUGCAGCGCGACGCGUUUUCCGCUUGUUUUGUGGCAGAAAUAACAAAAAAAAAGUUGUUUACGUUUCUGUUCCGGAUCGAUCGUGUCUGGGUCUUGUUUUCUGUGCUUGAAGGAGGGGAAAAGAAAAAGAAGCAGCCACAGGAAAGUUUCGGCGUACGACAGCGAAGACGUCGACGUUCGGGGGAAGAUUGCUGCUUUUCUAAUUUGCCUCCAACUGGGGAAAGAAAUUUAAAGAAAGAAAAAAAAAGUGUGAGAGCGCGCGCGGCCAAAAGAAAGUCUGUUCCGUCGUUGGCCACAGCCAGCCAGCCUACCAGUGUGUUGUUUUGGGAAAUUAUCUCCCCUCUCGGUGUGGUGAAGCAGAAGCGACCUGCAGUGUGUGUGACACAAAUUCCGCGGAUCUUGGCCCCGGUGCAAGUGUCGAAAAUUGUUUUGUGCAAAUCUCUCGCCCGCUGUCGGUUCCACCGAGCUCGGCAAACCUGAGUGUGUGGGGGAUACCAGAGUAGGAAAAAAAAAGUCACUUGCAGCACCCGGCAACAACAAACCCGCGCGGGGGAAAUUGAUAAUAAUUAGCUGCGAAUUAUCGCCGAUUGAUCGUCGAAAGAAAGAGGCGGAUCGAGGUCAGAAGAAAACAAGAGUUUCGGAGUUGCGGCACCGGCAGCAGGAAGAAAGACUUCCAGGAGAUAGCAGAAAAUGGCUUCCAUUCGCAGUGGUACCUUCCGCAAGACCCUGUCGGCGGAGGAGCGGGCCGAGAUGAGGGAAAAGUUCGAAGAAAUCGAUACAAACAAAGACGGAUUUAUUGAAUUAAAAGAGCUUAAAGAUGCGUUGGAUCAGGUGGGCUUCAAACUGCCCGGCUACCAGGUCCGGUUAAUGAUCGACGAGUACAGCAAUAAGCAGCGAUCGCAGAACGUUGGAAAGCUUUCGUACGAUGAAUUUGAGGCCCUUUGUCUGGAUCUGAAGGCCAAGGAUGUGGCUAGCACGUUCAAAACGGUGGUCUCCAAGAAGGAGAACCUGGAAACGCUGGGCGGUAUGUCGGAUUCAUCGGCCGCCGGAACGACACACUCGGUACGGAUCGAGGAACAGUUGGCCUUCAGCGAUUGGAUCAACUCGAACCUGGGCUAUGAUCAGGACUUGAAGCACCUGCUGCCGCUGGACUCCGAGGGAAAGCAGCUGUACGACAAGAUCAAGGACGGUAUUCUGCUGUGCAAGAUCAUCAACCAUUCGUGCCCGGACACGAUCGACGAGCGUGCCAUCAACAAGAAGACCCUCACCGUGUACACCAAGUUCGAGAAUCUUACGCUGGCGCUGGUGUCCUCGCAGGCCAUCGGAUGCAACAUCGUCAACAUCGACGCACACGACCUUGCCAAGGGCAAACCUCACCUGGUGCUGGGUCUCCUCUGGCAAAUCAUCCGAAUCGGUCUGUUCAGCCACAUCACGCUGGACAGCUGUCCGGGACUGGCUACGCUGCUCUCCGAUGGUGAACGGCUCGAGGACCUUAUGAAGCUGUCCCCGGAAGCGAUCCUACUGCGCUGGGUUAACCAUCACCUGGAGCGUGCCGGCAUCGCUCGUCGUUGCACCAACUUCCAGAGCGACAUCUCCGACUCCGAGGUGUACUCAUACCUGCUGAACCAGAUCGCCUCCAAGGAUGCCGGAGUUACGCUGGAAGCGCUGCGGGAACCAAACGCCCUGAACCGGGCAGAAACCAUGCUCCAACAGGCGGCCAAACUGAACUGCCGCUCGUUCGUGACGCCCCAGGACGUCGUGAACGGCGUGUACAAGCUCAAUCUUGCCUUCGUGGCGAACCUGUUCAACAACCACCCGGGUCUUGACCAGCCGGACGAGAUCGAGGGACUGGAGUCGAUCGAGGAGACGCGCGAGGAGAAAACGUACCGCAACUGGAUGAACUCGAUGGGCGUGAAGCCGCACGUCAACUGGCUGUACUCGGACCUCGCGGACGGCAUCAUCAUCUUCCAGCUGUUCGACAUCAUCCAGCCGGGCAUCGUCAACUGGAAGAAGGUCCACCAGAAGUUUACCCCGCUGCGCAAGUUCAUGGAGAAGCUGGAGAACUGCAACUACGCCGUCGAGCUGGGCAAGCAGCUCAAGUUUUCGCUCGUCGGCAUCGCCGGCCAGGACCUGAGCGACGGCAACGCCACGCUGACCCUGGCCCUCAUCUGGCAGCUGAUGCGCGCGUACACGCUGUCGGUGCUGUCGCGGUUGGCCAACACCGGCAAUCCGAUCAUCGAGAAGGAGAUCGUGCAGUGGGUGAACUCGAAGCUGGCCGGCGCCGGCAAGAGCACCAGCCUGCGAAACUUCCAGGAUGCGGCCAUUAAGGAUGGAAAGGUUAUCAUUGACCUGAUUGACGCGAUCAAGCCGGGCAGCAUUAACUACGAAAACGUGAAGGAAGGCGGCAAUGCGGAGGAAAACCUAGAAAACGCCAAGUACGCCGUGUCGAUGGCCCGCAAGAUUGGCGCUCGGGUGUAUGCUCUGCCAGAGGAUAUUGCUGAGGUGAAACCCAAGAUGAUCAUGACCGUGUUUGCCUGCCUGAUGGCGAUGGACUACGUGCCCAACAUGGACGUCAAGGCCACCAACGGUACCGCUGCUGCACCUGUUGCAGUAGCGCCAGCUCCAGAACCUACCCCGGUUGCGGCAGCCAAGCUCGCCGCGGCCCCCGUCGUUGAGAUCGUGGAAGAAACGGCCGUCACGAACGGAAACGGCACAGCGGUGACCACCAACGGCAACGGAACGCUCGAAGAGCACGACGCGACGGCGACGACGCCGGCGGAAGUUGUGGUGGACGAGUUUGCCGACUAAGAAGGUGGGUGUGUGGGUUUGCAGGAUUCAGAGAAACAAAAAUAGUCAAAACAAUUUCCGAGGGCGGGCGCGACGAGCGGGAGUGUGCGUGGUGUGUCGUAGCUAGGGAUAACAUAGAAUAUGUUUAUUUUUCUUUAUGAUUUUUUUUCUUUUUGGUUUUUAAAUGGGAUACUUUACCUAUAUACACAUCUAUAUCAACUAGUGCACUUUACCUUGUAUGUAAUGUAUUUUCUAUGAUCAUUUUUUUUGCUGUUCGGUUCCAGCAGCACAAACAGAUUCGGUAAGUUUUCUUAAGAAGAAAGCGCAUUCUAGCGAGUCUGUCUGUCGUCCGCUGGAGGCAUGAUUCUGUGUAUAGAAAAGUCAACACGCAACUUAAAAGUGUGGCCAAUUUUCUUGUCGAACAUUUACUAUUCUAUCUAUUUGGAAGAUAAACAGAAAGAAAAAAAAACAACAAUUUGUAAUAAGCUAUGAUUGUAUUAUAUUAUUUUUUUUUAUUGUUUAGUAAAGUAAGAGCAUUUAACAAGUUUAACAAAGAUAGGGAGCGAAUGUGAGCGCGCGUGAUUAGAUGAAAUGGGAGAAACUAGCCGGAACGGGAACCGCAAAACAAAUUAUUUAAUUUCAGAGUGAAAGAACAAGUGUGAACGGUUAAGGCUAAACAGAGUUAUUUUUGUUAUUCUUUUUUGUGCGUUUUCGCUGCAUCGAAAUUUUUCCCAAGAUGAAACUAAAUUAUUAGCCGAUAGUGUGUGCCAAAACAACACUCCGCGUGGAGGCGUGUGUGUAUUUCAAGUGUGUGCUCGUGUUGAAUGUGGGCGUGACCUAUGUUUCGCUUAUGUGUACUCCAAUUACUACUACACUGCAACUGCUAUCCACCACACUUGUUAUCAGUAUCAGCAUUAUCAAACUCGGAAGCGGAAAGGAAUUGAAAUCGAUUGAAUUGAAACACAUUUGGGCUCAAAAAUACUUACACUAGCCGAUUUCCGUAAAACUUUGUUUUAGAUAAACGUUUCGUUGUUUGUGCCUGGUUUAACCUAGCAGUUUCAUAAUAAUCUGUACUAAUUGUAAAGCGACUAUUUUAAGCUACUAUACCAACACCAACCACAAUAAGAAAUAAUCAUAAACCUCUAAACACUGCACUUUUGUGGGCGGGAAUAAAUCAUAUUGAAUAAGAGUGUGCGGGCCCGGGGGCCUCAACCAUAGCAUUUUUGAUCGCAUAUACAUUUUAAUCGAGGGACGACGAGAAGAAGCAAAAGCCAUGGUAAACCUUCACCACAAUACCUUACCACAAAACAACCACCACAAAUAUGAUAUGCAAUAUAUAUGCAAAGACAAAAAAGACAAGUUACACUAAACCCGAAACGUAAGUCAGCUGAUUUUACUUAGAUAUAACGCAAUCAAAACAAUUGAACAACAACAACACAAGAAAGCAACAAUAGCAUUACAAACAAAAAACUGCAGCAAAAAAAUAAGAGGGAAAGAACAAUAUACAAUUGUAGUAAACAACUAGUUUAGUUGUAUCGGCUUAAUCGUAAUUAUUAACAUAUUAUUAAAAAGUAUUGGCAAUCGCGCGAACAAUUGAAACCAAGGCAUACAAGAAUAAACAAGUAAAAAAGCAAUA